AGGGGUUACUGUUACGUUUUUAUAUAACAUUCAAACCUUAAAACACACGUAAAUUGACAAAAAGUUAUAACAUUGCCACUUUUAUUUAUUGCGUACUCGAUAAUUUCGAAGCGGUACACUGUAACUUCCCCCCCUCGCGGUUAAUCACUCAGUUUUUUUUUUAUGUGCACUUCCGCGUACAAUGUUAUUUUUUUUCUUCCCACUGACACACGGCAACUUCGAACAGGAAACCUCUUAGACGUCUCGCCUGUCGUUUUCUCUGUAUUUACGGCAGGGUGUGUCUGGACCUCAGUGCUCUAACCCAGCCAUGAGCAUCAUCGGGGCUGAGGAUGAGGAUUUUGAAAACGAUCUGAAUGAGUACGUGGAAGACCGGUCCAACACCUUUAACCACAUAGAGCAGUUGAAGAGUCGGCCGACCCACCUGCUGGUUUUCCUGCAACAUGUCAUUCUGCAGUUUGACCCUGCUCCCCUGCUCUGUUACCUCCAUGCUGAGCUCUUCAAAAACCUCAGUGCCAAAGAGACCAAAAAGCAGUUUGGGGAUUUUUACACAACCUUCUUGGACAAGGGUGCAGUUCUGAAAGUGGCAGUACCAGCUCACGUAAACUCUGAGUUGGAUCGAUCCCGUCUAGAUGUGCUCACAGAUGAUAUCCAAAAGCGCUUUGUUCAGGACAUUCAGAGCGUCCAAGUUGCUGAAGUGGCCAAACAGUUGGAGGAUUUCAGGUGAGAACUCUACUCAGUCUUUACAUACUUUACUAAAUUGGCAAGAAGUUUAUAAAUGCACAACAAGCAUCUCACAACAUGAUUAGAACAUCCAGGGUUGGGAUUAAUGGCUGGUAUGUGAUCAGGGACAUUCUUGAAACUUUGGUUAAUUAAUUUUUAAAAAAUUACUACAAUAAUAAUUACACUUUUUAUUAAUCUAAAGGUUGGUGUUGUUGGUGUUUCUCCUCACUAAAAAAAAGAAAGCUUCCGUUUGAUGAUCUGUCUUGUUAUUGUCUUUGAUACAUUUUCAGUGAGUUACUUCAAAACAAGCUGAAAAAUAAUUUUCAGAUUUUGGUCUCAAAAAGUUUAUUUUGUUUGUUGUUGGAAAUGAGAGUUAAAAGGUGUAACAACACUUAUCUGGACACUGAGCUGCUUUAAAUUACCAUCUCAGUUCUUUUGCAUUGUUAACCCAAUAACUACAAUUCUGCAUUACUCAAGUAACUUGAAACAGUUUUUUAAGGUAAUUAAUUGGAUUCAACUUCUAGGUCUAAAGCUAUUUAUGAAUGUUAGUAUUUGACAACAUUCAACAGUUAUGUGAACUUAACAUUACUGUGCAUAUCCUGAUUGUAGGUAUGUAAUUUAUAAAAUCUAGCCCUCCUCCAUUUAGAAUUGCAACAGUGACUAAUACACAUUAGUCACUAAAGGGAAGAUUAAUACAAAACUACCAGUGUUUACACAUAAAGAUUUAAAUAUGAAAUCUUUAUGCGUAAACACUACAAAAGGUUGUCUUGUCUUUCUCUAUUCUAUGUUAAUGACACCUGUGCUUAGGUAAACAGAAAUAUGCAGGCCACUCUUUACCAAAAUCCAUAUGAAGCACACUGAUCUGACAUUUGAGAGCAAGAUGACAAAGGAAGGUUGAAGGUCAUGGAGAAAAAAUGAGUAGGUGAUUCUAUAAUUUAAUUUUUUGCCCAUUUCUCAGUCCUAGAUUUAUGUGUACCUUUUUAAUGAAUUAGAAAAACAUAAUGAACUUUGCAAAAGUCUUGAACCACAAAAGUCUUGAACCACCUCUCAUUUCUUAUGUGCAAGCUUAAAUUGAAAUACGGAAUAUAAGGUAAAAACACAGUUUGAACAAUUCAAAGAAACUUGAAAGUAAGUAUUUGGUAUGACCACAUCUAUCCUUCAACACUGCGUAAACUU